AUUCCACCACCUCCGCCAAGUCCACCACCAAUGCCUUUCUCACCCUUUCCUUUAUGAUGGUUCUUUUUUAACUCCCUUGCUACGAUGAUGACUUCCCUUCCCAAAUACCCCACCGCUACCAAUUCCACCUCCUCUUCCAACUCCACCACCAAUGCCAACCCCUGCACCACCUCCUCCACCAGCUCCGCCUCCUCUACCAAACCCCCAACCAGUUCCUCCACCUGCACCACCUCCUCCACAAAAACCACCGCCAGAUCCUCCUCCGGCACCCCCACCAAUACCCCCUCCUUCACCGAGCCCACCACCAGCACCACCACCGCCUCCACCAAACCCACCACCAGAUCCACUGCCAGCACCAACACCACUGCCGCCGCCUGCACCACCUCCUCCACCAGCUCCACCACCAAUGCCCCCGCCUCCGCCGCCGCCGCCACCACCGCCACCCCCAGCACCACCACCUACACCAACUCCAACCCCGACUCCGCCACCUACCCCGACGCCCACGCCAUUGCCACCACCUCCACCACCACCACCACCUAUACCAGUCCCGCCUCCAGCACCGGCACCUCUACCUACUCCGACACCCCCAUGGCCACGUUUGCCAAUGCCACCACCAAUCCCUCCACCUCCUCCGAUCCCACCACCACUUCGGCCAAUCCCUUCACCACCUCCACCACCGGCUCCAAUGCCACCACCACCCGCACCAAUGCCGCCACCAGCUCCACCCCCUCCACCAACGCCACCACCGAUCCCACCACCGGCUCCACCGCCAGCUCCACCACCUCCACCAGCGCCUCCUUUCCUAACACAGUCCUUGAGCCUUCCCUUACCGACACCCACUCGCACCUCUCCCAGCAUAGGCUUCCCGAACCCAAAGCUAAAACCCCUGCCAUCACCGAAACUAGUUGAAUGCC